AUGGCGGAUUCAUGGAUGUACACCCUGCCGAACGUGUCGAGCAACGGUUCGUUAUUGAACAGCUCAUCUCUGGACUUCGAGGAUGAUGUCAUGUUCAAUUCAUUCCUAGUCGCUGGAUUUCUAUGUAUCUUUGUUGUUGGUGUCUUUGGAAACAGCAUUGUUAUUCUGCUAACAUUCCGACCAACGUGCAGCGUGAGUGUCAACACAAUCAAUACUUAUAUUGUCAAUGUUGCCUUUUCGGAUUUGCUCUAUAUCUUCGGCUGCCUGUUUUAUACGCUAACGAACUAUAACCAAAAUGGAUGGAUGUUCGGUGAUAUCGGUUGCAGACUUAUUUUGGGACAGGAUAUCUUAACCAUGCACGUGAGUACUUUUAUUCUCACUAUUAUGAGUGUCGAGCGAUAUGUCGCGGUGGUGCACCCGAUGAUUUCAUUGCGUUACCGGAGCGUUGGCUUCGCCCGCCGGAUCAGCGGGGCGGUGUGGUUAACAGGUCUGGUGGUUACUUUACCCAUGAUUAUUUACAUGUCGGAGGUACACGUUGAGGAUAGGGAUAAGUAUUCCUGCACAUGGACGCUGGAUGCUGAUCGUUCUCUGCCCAACUACAUGCUCGCUAUCUUUCUCAUCACAUUCCUCAUACCUUCAGUCAUCACCGCCACGGUUUACGUACUCCUCCUGUUCCAUUUCCUCAACCUGGUCAGUCCUGCACAUUCGGCCAAUCGUCGGACCAAGCGAUCCAAACGCAAGGUGGCCCAAAUCAUCUUCGUCAUCGUGUUCAUCUUCUGGCUUUGUUACAUCCCUUUCUGGACCUACCAGCUCAUCAUCUUAAGAAACGUGAACUUUGAUUCCAAUAACAUUAUGGGACUGGUCACAUUGGUCCUGUCCUACCUAAACUCCUGCGUCAACCCUUUCCUCUACACCCUUCUACCCAGAAGGUACAACAUGUGGAAGCGGAUAUGUAGCAGUCGUUCUAGGCGGACCUACACCCCUGUCCAUGUGCAACUAGCGGCCGCCAAAAGAAUCGGCCAUGUCCACAACGGGCACGCGGUCCUAUGAACCCUUCGUCGGGUGCAGUUGAAUGCACCCGAUACAAGUUCGUCUAGCACAGGAUAAACUCGUUUUGAUACUUUAUUCAUCAUCGUUACAGAGCAUGGUUAAGCGUCUUUAGCGGCCUAUAUAUAACAUGUGCCUUUCUGGACCUUCUGGGAAGAGUAGAAACAAUCUCAAUUUGUACAGCAUAUAGUUUAUUCAAAAGACUUAAUCCAUAUCGAAAUUGUCACAUUAAUAUCAUUUUGUAUAACGCCAUCGUAUCCGUAAUGUUAGACGUAAUAUGGUCAUGUUUCAAGCCUACCAAUUUGUGAUAUAUAUAUAUUUGCAAAAUACUAGUCAUUCGGGAGCAGUUGCAUCGACGGUUACUUUUUAAAAAAGUAACUAUGUGAUGGGCUGUGCUUAAUUAUAUUUGAUGAACGUGUGCAAAUACUAUCCAUUCCAAUAACCAAAAACAGUGCAUAAAAAAGACACAAACUUUGGCAUUCCAUCAGGCCGUCAGCUCAUAAAACUGACUAUACUGGUCUCGUGAACCCUCAGAAUAAUUUAUCACAAUGCCCACAGGACCGAAAUGUCAGCCCCCCUGACCGUUGGCCUGGUAAACAUUCAGAAAUCAUUUCAGAAGGUUGAAAAGACCGACAUGGUCAGUCUAGUGUCCUGUCGAUCUCGCCGCUCUUGAUUUCGAGCCAGGCAAAACAAAAAUAAUGGGGUAUAUAUUAAAAACAAAAGACGAUUUCAAUGUAUAGAAUUUCAAAAAUUAAAUCAACUACAUGAGAGGACAGAGCAUGCGAUGUUCAAUUUCUUAAUUUACCGACGAAAUAUCUAAUCAAUAUCAACUUUUAGCGGUUCGUGAAUAUGUAUUUGAAUUUCUCGGUAUUUUAUACA